ACUCACGGUCAGCUGGAUUGCCACCGCCUCCUUUUCCCUCCAGCCUGGUGGCUCAGGUUUGUCUCACCUUAUUUCGGAAACACGGAAGAACAGAAGUCACAGCAGAAACAGCGUGCAGCUGUGAAAACUGAUUCCCACCAAACAAAUCGCCCCCAGGCCUCUGCCGGAAUAUUCAAGAAAAAUCUGAUAUUUGGGACCAGUUAUGUUUCAACCGUUUUAACAGACUGAAACCGAGGCUCUUGAUUAUUCGUUUUUGAGUUGCUUUCUCCAGCCUGACACCAUGAACAUCUCUCUUGAGAACCCCUAUGGUGAUGUCACCAUCCCUCGUGCCAAACUGCGGGAUCCGGCUGAUUCCAGCACCAUCAUCAUGAACCCAAUGGCCUUGGAGAGCACCUACAACAACCGCAACUCUGCCUUAAACCCCUACAGCAGCUUCAAGACCCCAGGCGAGAACAACACCUCAAGUGUGCCAGUUUACGGACAGGCCAGGAACGGCAGCCAGAACCCCCCUCCGGCUUACACGGUGAGGGAGAGCGAGGAGCAGGUGGGACGCUGCUACGCCUGUUGCUGCCGGAGGAAGAAGUGAGACUAGAUUUACCCUGUGAAGCAAAGGAUUAUGGGUUUACCAUUGGGAACCACCAUUCCACCUCUCAAAUUUUGGAAGCCAAAUGCUGUACAGUUCUAAAAUGGCUGGAUUUUGCUAUUACAUGAACUUGGAGAUCAUACUGCGGUUUGGACAAAACAAGACCUGACCUUCUGUGACUGCACCGAAACCUAUUAUAUGAAAUAUUUACAUUUGGAUUACAUCAUUGUUUAGUUAAAUUGGCACAGUUAAGUUCAGCUGGAUUGCAGCCUUACCUUUAUCUGCCUCCAUCAAUGGCAUGCUCAGAUACUCUUCUUCAUUUUGGCAUCACCCAAUUGUUCCCAUACACUUACUUAAAAUAACUAAUGUUAAAGUUAUUCGACUAAUGUUGUUGUUUUUGUUGUUAAUGGAGUGUUUCUAUAAAUGUAUAAUGAGGUAAAACAGGUUUUAUUGGUGCACUCAGCGGUGGGCUCUCUUGAAAAUAUGUCCUGGUGGACUUCUCCAAGUUUCUUUAGGUUUUUGAGCCACACCCUGACAUGCCGUCAAACACAGGUGACUGAAACUUGAGGAAGGGAUCCAAAAAAGGACACUGUCAGCUUUUAGUACAGGACAAGUGUUGUGCCAACAGAGUUUCUAUUGAACGAGCUUUUCUGGUAACUGUAGACACACCGCUGACACAAUGUGUCUAGGAUUGCCAAAGGGAUUAUUUAGUGCAACAUAAAACCCUUUUAGUACUAUAUUAUAUGAUUAUAAGCAAUAUUAUGGUAGUUAGAUUAAAUACAAUGGGUCGUUGACAGGUUAUUUUUGGCCAUGAGACUGUGAGCCCGACUAUUGUAAAUAUGUCUGUAUAUGUUAGACAUGAUGAUCAAUAUAUUUUUGGAUACAUAAAAUCACCUUUAUCUCUGUAA